AUGAACGGAGAGCAUACGUUUUCAUCAGAACAAGACAUGGGCGCAUAUACUGGUGGCUUCGCGCCAAUCAAUACGGGAAAGAAUGGGGACUCAUCCGACGAGGAACUCGAGGCCGAAGCGAUGGCCAGCCCAGCCAGGGAUACCCACCGCGAUACGAUGAUGAUCGAUGAGGAGGAUAGAAGAGAACUGCAGAGAAUUGCAACAUCGCUGUCCCGGCAUCAAAGCGUAGCCAGCAACGGCCGCCCCCUUUCGACCAACGUCUCUUAUGGCGAGGCGUUCGCAACAACGAACGAUCCCGCAUUGGACCCUUCAAGCAAGUCUUUCGACCUUUCCAAAUGGCUUCAGGGUUUCAUGAGGGAAAUGCAGAACGAAGGUAUCGUCCUUAAGAACGCUGGUGUUGCCUACAGGGAUCUUAGCGUUUCGGGCUCCGGCGCCGCCCUGCAGCUUCAGCAGACCGUCGGCGACUUCCUAAAGGCGCCGUUGAGAAUCGGCGAGCACUUCAGCUUCGGGAAGAAAGAGCCCAAGAGGAUCCUCAACAGCUUUGACGGUAUUCUGAAAAGCGGCGAACUUUUGAUCGUUCUCGGUCGCCCUGGCUCUGGAUGCAGCACUCUCUUGAAGACCAUGACCGGAGAACUCCAGGGUCUCACAUUGGGAGGGGAGUCCGUCAUCCACUACAACGGUAUCCCUCAAAAGAAGAUGAUGAAGGAGUUCAAAGGAGAGACUGUCUAUAACCAGGAGGUUGACAAGCACUUCCCUCACCUGACUGUCGGUCAAACCCUCGAAUUCGCAGCCGCGGUCCGCACACCUUCGCACAGACUACAGGGUAUGACACGGGAGGAACACCACAGGAAGGCUGCACAGGUUGUUAUGGCCGUCUGCGGUCUCAGCCAUACUUUCAACACCAAGGUCGGCAACGAUUUCGUUCGCGGCGUCUCUGGUGGUGAGAGAAAGCGUGUCAGUAUCGCAGAGAUGAUGCUCGCUGGUUCACCGAUGUGCGCGUGGGACAACAGCACCCGCGGUUUGGAUUCAGCGACAGCUCUCAAGUUUGUGCAAUCUCUGCGCCUCGCUUCUGACUUCACCGGUAGCGCCAAUGCCGUCGCCAUCUACCAAGCCAGUCAAGCCAUCUACGACCUCUUCGACAAAGCUGUUGUUCUGUACGAAGGUCGCCAGAUCUACUUCGGCCCUGCUGGUGCCGCCAAGUCAUACUUUGAGCGUAUGGGCUGGGAAUGUCCUCAGCGUCAGACAACUGGUGACUUUUUGACCUCGGUUACAAAUCCUUCCGAGCGCAGGGCUCGCCCUGGCAUGGAGAACCAGGUCCCUCGCACGCCGGAGGAUUUUGAGGCCUACUGGCGCCAGUCUCCAGAGUUCCAGGCUCUUCGCCAAGAGAUCGAUCAGCACACUGAAGAUUACCCUAUUGAUCCCCAUGGCCAGGCUCUCACCGAGCUCCGCCAGGUUAAGAACGACAGACAGGCCAAGCACGUCCGCCCCAAGUCUCCCUAUAUUAUCAGCAUGGCAAUGCAGGUCCGGCUCACCACAAAACGCGCCUAUCAGCGCAUAUGGAACGACAUCUCAGCCACUGCUACAGCGGCCGCCCUCAACAUCAUUUUGGCUCUUGUGAUCGGUUCGGUCUUCUAUGGCACUCCCGAUGCAACCGCCGGCUUCUACUCCAAGGGGUCUGUUCUAUUUCAGGCUAUUCUUAUGAAUGCUCUGACUGCCAUUUCCGAAAUCAACAGCCUGUACGACCAGCGGCCAAUUGUUGAAAAGCACGCCUCGUAUGCCUUCUAUCACCCAUCGUCGGAAGCCAUUGCUGGUGUUGUGGCAGACAUUCCAAUCAAGUUCGUCACGGCAACCUGCUUUAACCUUACGCUUUACUUCCUCUCAGGACUUCGUCGUGAGCCUGGCCAGUUCUUCCUCUACUUCAUGAUUACCUACAUCUCGACUUUUGUCAUGAGCGCCGUCUUCAGAACCAUGGCCGCCAUCACAAAGACCAUUUCCCAGGCAAUGAUGUUGGCUGGUGUCAUGGUCUUGGCGCUUGUCAUCUAUACCGGUUUCGUCAUCAGAGUACCUCAGAUGGUUGACUGGUUUGGUUGGAUUCGCUGGAUCAACCCCAUCUUCUACGCUUUCGAGAUCCUCAUCGCCAACGAGUUCCACGGCCGGGAGUUCACCUGCUCAGCGAUCAUUCCUUCUUACACCCCCUUGAAUGGGGACUCUUGGAUCUGCUCGGCUGUCGGUGCUAUCGCCGGCCAGCGCACUGUCAGUGGCGAUGCCUUUAUCGAGACCAACUACCAGUACUACUACUCUCACGUCUGGCGAAACUUCGGCAUCCUUCUUGCGUUCCUGUUCUUCUUCAUGAUAAUCUACUUCGUCGCGACUGAACUCAACUCUUCCACCACCAGUACCGCUGAGGUUCUCGUUUUCCGUCGUGGCCACGUUCCUGCCCACCUCCAGGACGGUGUUAGCCGCAGCGUUACCAAUGAGGAUAUGGCGGUGCCCUCCAAGGAGCAAGAGUCCGAUGGCAACGUCAAGUCAAUCCCCCCUCAGAAGGAUAUCUUCACCUGGAGAGAUGUUGUAUACGACAUUGAGAUCAAGGGCGAGCCCCGCCGGUUGUUGGACAACGUUUCUGGCUGGGUCAAGCCUGGUACGCUCACUGCCCUCAUGGGUGUCUCUGGUGCUGGAAAGACGACUCUGCUCGAUGUUCUUGCCCAGAGAACCACCAUGGGUGUUAUUACCGGAGACAUGUUUGUCAACGGCAAGCCAUUGGAUGCCAGCUUCCAGCGUAAGACUGGCUAUGUACAGCAGCAAGAUCUCCACUUGUCUACGUCGACUGUUCGCGAGAGCUUGCGCUUCAGCGCCAUGCUCCGCCAGCCCAAAACCGUCAGCAGAGAGGAAAAGUAUGCCUUCGUCGAGGAGGUCAUUGACAUGCUCAACAUGCGCGACUUUGCCGACGCCGUCGUCGGUAUUCCCGGCGAGGGUCUGAACGUUGAGCAGCGCAAGCUGCUCACUAUCGGUGUCGAAUUGGCCGCCAAGCCCAAGCUUCUUUUGUUCCUCGAUGAGCCCACCAGUGGUCUCGACUCCCAGAGCUCUUGGGCUAUUUGCGCCUUCCUCCGCAAACUUGCUGAUUCGGGUCAAGCUGUCCUUUGCACCGUCCAUCAGCCCAGCGCUAUUUUGUUCCAGCAGUUCGACCGCCUUCUCUUCCUCGCUCGUGGUGGCAAGACCGUUUACUUUGGCGAUAUCGGUGAUAACUCUCGCACUCUCCUGAACUACUUCGAGUCCCACGGUGCUCGUCAGUGUGGCGACGAGGAGAACCCAGCAGAGUACAUGCUCGAGAUUGUCAAUAACGGUAACAAUUCUAAAGGCGAGGACUGGCACAGUGUCUGGAAGUCAAGCAAUGAACGGCACGGUGUUGAGGCCGAGAUCGAGAGGAUUCACCUUGAGAAAGAGCAUGAGGAGGUUGCCGGCAGCGAGGACGCCGGUGCUCACUCUGAGUUCGCCAUGCCUUUCACCACACAACUCAUGGAGGUCACCACUCGAGUCUUCCAGCAAUACUGGCGUAUGCCCAACUACGUUUUUGCGAAGUUCUUCCUUGGUAUCGCCGCUGGUCUCUUCAUUGGAUUCUCUUUCUGGAAUGCCGAUGGAAGCCAGGCUGGUAUGCAGAACGUUGUCUUCGGUGUCUUCAUGGUCAUCACUAUCUUCUCCACCAUCGUCCAACAGAUCCAGCCACACUUUGUCACCCAGAGAGCCCUGUACGAAGUCCGCGAGCGUCCCAGCAAGGCUUACUCCUGGAAGGCUUUCAUGUUCGCUAGUAUCAUUGUUGAGAUCCCCUACCAGAUCAUCACCGGUAUCCUCAUUUGGGCCUGCUUCUACUAUCCCAUCAUCGGCGUCCAAUCCUCUGUCAGACAGGUAUUGGUUCUCCUGUACGCCAUUCAACUCUUCAUCUACGCCAGCUCAUUCGCACACAUGACCAUUGCUGCCUUCCCCGAUGCCCAGACCGCUUCGGGCAUGGUUACGCUCUUGGUGCUUAUGAGCUUGACCUUCUGCGGUGUCCUGCAAGCUCCAUCCGCACUUCCCGGCUUCUGGAUCUUCAUGUACCGCGUCUCUCCCUUUACCUACUGGGUCGCCGGCAUUGUCGGCACUCAACUACACGGCCGGGCUGUUACUUGCUCCGCUAGCGAAACCGCCAUUUUCAACCCACCUGCCAAUCAAACAUGUGGCGAGUACCUCUCAGACUACCUCCAGACGGCCCCUGGUCAGCUGCAGAACCCUGACGCAACUGAGCAGUGCAGAUACUGCUCUCUCAGCAACGCUGAUCAGUAUCUGGCUGGCAGCAACAUUUUCUACGAUGAGCGAUGGCGUAACUUUGGUAUUGUCUGGGCUUUCAUCUUCUUCAACAUUUUCAUCGCUGUUAUUUCUUACUACCUCGUCCGUGUCAAGAAGUGGAAUACUGGCGCAUCGAAGAAGACUAAGAAGGAUUCGAAGGGAAAAGGUACAGGGGCCCAAUAG